AUGUCAGAGUUUUGGUUGAUUUCUGCCCCUGGCGACAAGGAGAAUUUGCAAGCUCUGGAAAGAAUGAACACGGUGACGUCCAAGUCCAACCUGUCCUAUAACACCAAGUUCGCCAUCCCCGACUUCAAGGUGGGGACCUUGGACUCCCUUGUUGGCCUCUCCGAUGAGUUGGGGAAACUCGAUACCUUUGCUGAAAGCCUCAUAAAGCGAAUGGCCCAGAGCGUGGUGGAGGUCAUGGAGGACGCCAAGGGUAAGGUCCAGGAGAACCUGCUGGCCAACGGAGUUGACCUAACGUCCUUUGUGACCCACUUCGAAUGGGACAUGGCCAAGUACCCCGCGAAGCAGCCGCUGCCGAGCGUGGUGGACACCCUCGCGAAGCAACUGGCACAGAUCGAGACAGACCUGAAGUCCCGCACGGCCGCCUACAACACCCUGAAGACCAACCUGGAGAACCUAGAAAAGAAGUCCAGGGGAAACCUUUUCACCCGAACGCUGAGCGACAUUGUGAGCAGGGAAGACUUCGUGCUGGAUUCCGAGUAUCUGGUCACACUUCUGGUCAUUGUCCCCAAACCAAACUAUGCACAAUGGCAGAAAACCUACGAAUCCCUCUCAGACAUGGUGGUCCCUCGGUCAACCAAACUGAUCACCGAGGACAAGGAAGGUGGCCUCUUCACUGUGACCCUGUUUCGAAAAGUGAUUGAUGACUUCAAAACCAAAGCCAGAGAAAACAAGUUCACUGUCCGUGAAUUUUACUAUGAUGAGACAGAGAUUAAGAGGGAACGGGAAGAGAUGACCAGAUUGCUGUCCGAUAAGAAGCAACAAUAUCAAACUUCCUGUGUUGCUCUUAAAAAGGGAUCAUCCACCUUCCUGGACCACAAGGUUAAGGUAACCCCGCUAGGUAACCCCGAUAGGCCUGCUGCGGGGCACACCGACAGAGAGAGAGAGAGUGAGGGCGAGGGUGAGGGCCCCCUGCUGCGCUGGCUCAAGGUGAACUUCAGCGAAGCCUUUAUUGCCUGGGUCCACAUCAAGGCACUGAGAGUGUUCGUGGAGUCCGUGCUCAGGUACGGACUCCCGGUGAACUUCCAGGCUGUGCUCCUCCAGCCUCACAAGAAGUCGUCCACCAAGCGUCUGAGAGAGGUUCUGAACUCCGUCUUCAGACACCUGGAUGAAGUAGCAGCUGCAAGUAUACUGGACGCAUCUGUGGAUAUCCCCGGAUUGCAGCUCAGUAACCAGGACUAUUUCCCUUACGUCUGCUUCCGCAUCGACCUGAGUCUUCUGGACUAA